AUGCCAAACUUAAGACUACUGAUUAUUUCUAAGAAUCGUUUGAAUGAUACUAUUCCACCCACCAUUUGCAACAUUAAGGAUAUGCAAGUCGUUUCUAUGGCAAACAAUAAAUUAAUUGGAGAAUUCCCUCAACAGUGGAGUUUGUGGAGAAGAAUACGCAUCAUUGAUGUGGCAGACAACAAUCUUGAUGUAACGUCUAAAGGGAAAGAACCUGAAUAUAGAGAUGACCAAUUAACUCGCUGGGGAAACAUCAUUGAUCUUUCGUCAAACAAUUUUGAAGGUGAAAUCCCUGAAGAAGUAGGCAGUCUCGUUGAAUUGAGUACAUUGAACUUGUCGAUGAAUCGAUUAACUGGAAAGAUCCCUUCAAGCAUCGGAAAAUUACGUUGGCUUGAAACUCUUGAUCUCUCACAUAACCAGCUUUCAGGUCACAUCCCUCAAAACUUUUCUUCUUUAACCUCCCUAUCACACUUGAACUUGUCCUACAACAACUUGAUUGGAAGAAUACCUGCUGGCAACCAACUUCAAACCCUCGAUGAUCCAUCUAUUUAUGAAGGCAAUCCAUCACUAUGUGUGGCUCCUCUUUCGUCUGUUUGCCUUGGAGAUGACACAAGUACAGAACAAGCUUUUCCUGCAGAAGACCGCAACAAAGAUGAUAACGAAGUGUUUUGGUUUUAUGGUAGCACUGCACUUGGUUUCACAGUAGGCUUUUGGGGUGUUUGUGACGCGUUGGUUGUGAAAAAGUCAUGGAAGCAUGCUUAUUUUCAAUUCUUUGACAACAUCAAAGAGAAAGUAGCAUUAACAAUUGCAUUGAAAAUAGCUCGUUGGCAAGGGAGAUUGUGA